CUCACCUCACAGACACCUCCUCUCUGGAUCCUCGAGAGGUAUAAAGACGGGCCUUCCACCACCAGACAUGUGCAUUCUAUUACCAUGAAUCCACUCCUGAUCCUUGCCUUUGUGGGAGCUACUGCUGCUGCCCCCUUUGAUGAUGAUGACAAGAUCGUUGGGGGCUACACCUGUGAGGAGAAUUCUGUCCCCUACCAGGUGUCCCUGAAUUCUGGCUACCACUUCUGCGGUGGUUCCCUCAUCAGCGAACAGUGGGUGGUGUCUGCAGGUCACUGCUACAAGCCCCACAUCCAGGUGAGACUGGGAGAGCACAACAUUGAAGUCCUGGAGGGGAAUGAGCAGUUCAUCAAUGCAGCCAAGAUCAUCCGCCACCCCAAAUACAACAGGAAGACUCUGAACAAUGACAUCAUGCUGAUCAAGCUCUCCACACCUGCCGUCAUCAAUGCCCGUGUGUCCACCAUCUCUCUACCGACCGCCCCUCCAGCUGCUGGUACCCAGUGCCUUAUCUCCGGCUGGGGCAACACUGCGAGCUCUGGGGCCGACUACCCAGACGAGCUGCAGUGCCUGGACGCUCCUGUGCUGACCCAGGCUAAAUGUAAAGCCUCCUACCCUUUAAAGAUUACCAGCAACAUGUUCUGUGUGGGCUUCCUUGAGGGAGGCAAGGAUUCCUGCCAGGGUGACUCUGGUGGCCCUGUGGUCUGCAACGGACAGCUUCAAGGAGUUGUCUCCUGGGGCUAUGGCUGUGCCCAGAAGAGAAGGCCUGGAGUCUACACCAACGUCUACAACUAUGUGGACUGGAUUAAAGACACCAUAGCUGCCAACAGCUAAAGCCCCCGUUCACUCUGCAGUCUCUAUACCAAUAAA